AUGACAAUCGAUGAAGCUAAUAUUGUGACUGAAAAAAUUGGAAAGAGAGUCCUUAUUAAUGAUGCCUUUUGUAGUAAGUGUCGAGUUAUUUUAACAAGACCACCUAUACUUAAGAACACUGAGGAUUCAUCUGCAGAUCGAGUUAGUAUCAAAAGCCAGCCAAUUUUGUCUCAAUCCUCAUCCACUACUGUUUCAUCUGUAUCCUCAUCUCAAGAUCCUUCAUAUGUUAUUGAAGAAAAAAUGGAAGAAGAAUUAGAAUUUGUGGAGUUGGGUUUUCCCCGAAUCAUAUCGACACAUAUAUACUGUUGCUUUUGUGGAUCAUCAGCAAAUAUCAUCAUAGUUCCGUUUGAAGCACGCAAACAAGUAUUUUCCAAAAGACGACUCUUUAUUCCAAAAGGAAAUCGGUGUUGUAAAGAUCAUAUUAUAAAAAAGCGAUUCUAUGAUGAAGACAUUAACAGUUUUCGAAUUUAUUCGAAUACCAGUGUAUUUGAAGUUCGUGAUUUGGAAAAAUUACUUGGGCAGCUGGCUAUUGGCACUGAUUCGUCCAUAAUUGAUAAAAUUGGAGAUCACUCGAUUUCAGAAAAACAGCUGGAAGUAUUUACGAGCCUUACCUGGGAAAAAUUGAUAAAACUUCGUGAAAUGUUAACGUCGAUGAGAAAAUCAGUGAAUCGUCAUGUCAUUCAAGCUCUUGUUAUUUUUUUAUUCAAAUUACGAACUGGAAAUUCAAAUACAGUGAUAUCUUCAAUUUUUGAUUUGCCACGGGAACAAAUGGUAUCCGACUACUGUGAUGAAGUAAUAUCUUCAUUCGAAAGAGAUGUUUUGCCUCAGUAUUUCGGAAUCGAUGCUAUUAGUAGGGAGACAUUACUCACCACUACGUCAAGUACUGCUAAAAUGUUGUAUCAAGUAAAAGAUGAGCAGUUGAUAUUCAUUUGCGAUGGAACAUAUAUUCGUCAUCAAAAAAGUGCAAAUAACGAAUACCAGAGGAAAUCAUAUUCUGGUCAAAAGAAAGUCCCUCUGUGCAACCCAUUUACGAUAUGUACUACAAAUGGUUUCGUGAUAGAUAUGCUUGGGCCAUAUACAGCUAAUUUGAACGAUGCUGAGAUUAUGAGAAUCAUCUUAAAUGAUCCCAAUGGUCUGAUUAAGUUGCUGAAUAAAGGUGACAUUAUUGUAGUUGAUCGUGGCUUCCGGGAUGUGAUAGUAUAUUUAGAAGAAUUGGGGUUCAAAGUACUAAUGCCUGUUCUCAAAGAAAAACGCAAUCAGCUGACCACAGAUGAAUCAAAUGAAUCCCGUUUCGUUACCAAAAUCCGUUGGGUUGUAGAAGCAGUUCAUGGCAAUAUUAAACAAGUAGUUAAACAGGGAGGCUUGACAGACCACAACAGGGAUCUGCAAUACCCUCAUGGAUAA